AGUUGUUAUUCAUCGAUUCAAUAGAAGGCAUUGGCACCAUUUAACAGAGAAAAUGAGCACCUCACUAAGAUCCAGCCGAGGAAUCAAGCUUAUGAAGUCGGGCCAUUUCUCAGAUGUAUGCAUUCGCAUAGAUUGUAUUAGCUUCCGGUGCCACAAAAUCAUCUUAGCCUGUGCUUCUGAGUUUUUUGAGAGAUUAUUUCAAGAAGAUUCGGAGGAAUUUUUGUUAGAUGGAACAACCCCAGAAGUUUUUCAGAUAUUUCUUGAUUUUAUAUACGCUCCUAACGAUGACCAAUUCGGCAAUCUUGAACCGGAUGUAUUGAUGUGUCUUCUGAAGUGCGCAAAUAUGUGGCUCGCUGUGGAAAUAGAAGAAAGAUGCAUCGACAUUCUAUUAGAUCUAUCCCCUGACAUGGAUCCGGAUGCCCUUAUUGCACUUUUUGCAGUGUCGCAUUGUGUGGAUCACAAAGUAUUAAUGGAACAGUCUAUUGGAGUCCUGCAACAUAUAUGGAGAAACGAAAUGGACUGUCCAUCAACUGUCAGAAUGGAAGUCGACUGCUUCGGAGAAUAUUUUAAAAACACCUCGGGAAUGCUUUCUCCGCGUAGGCGCUUUGUCAUGGUGGAAAACUGGAUAAAAGGCAAUGAUUUGAAUAAUAGACCGUGCUCUCAAAAAGAUAAAAUUAACCAAAUUAUUAAGAGCAUUAACUUUUUGGAAAUGUCAUUGGAGGACUUUUACAAUGGUCCAGGAAAGUCUAACGUUUUGCCCGAUUCAGACAAGUUCGAAAUAAUGUAUAAACUUGCCCGUUCAAAUAAUGAAUGGACUGUUAUAUUGGACGAAAGGGAUCGAGAUAGGUACUACAUAAUUGUUUUUGUGAAGAAGAAGUCGACUAAAUUUGUGUUUUAUUUAAAGUUGAUAUAAUUAACAUUUUUUUAUUUGUACCUAGUUUUCUAAUUAAUCCGUCAAUUUUUUUUUUAAUUUUUAGAAAGCCAAAAAUUCUAUUAUGGGAAUUCCAUUGGUAAUACCUUUUUUUCCUUAUCUUAAUUUAUAUUUUUCUACAUAUUUAUGUCUUUACAACUGCGCUUUAUCAGCCCAUUCUUUACUUAAUGAUUUGUGUUUCUACGAUUGGCUUAUCUACUUCCUCUUGAUUGACAGUCAAUACAAUAGAAAUAACUUAUUUUUAGAUUUAAUGGGAUACUUUAAGUCAUUUCCUGCAGUUAAAAUUGUACUGAAAUCAGACACGUUUUGGAAAUAUACCACGUUUAAUAUAUCCCCUUC